AUGAAUUAAGAAUAUUUCCAAUAUGAAAUAGAAAAAAACACCUAGACUUAAACACAACUGAACCAACUAAAAUAAUUAAAAACUAACUUAAAAAAAAUUAAAAAAUUAAAAUUUGGAAUUAUUGCAGAUUCGAUGAUAAUUGAGGAAAAUAGUGACUCAUUUAUCUUCAAAUUUGUGGAAAUUUCAUAAGACGUAGAAUUAGGUUAAGGUAAAAAUUUUGACGCAGUUUUCUUUGGUGAAGAAAAUGAAAAAUUUAAAAUACUUAGGUAUUAUAAAAUCAUAGAAUUAAUAAAUUUGGCAAUUACUCUAAGCUAAUACAGAAUUCAUCUUCCAAUGUUGAAUUGUCAGCACUUUAUUCUAGGUUCAGAUUAGAGAGAAUCAUAAAUAUAUAUAACUAAGCGAUUUUACUUAGGCUAUUUUAUAACUGAUGUAUUAAAAAGAGAUAAUGAGGAAAUAGUGAUGAAUAAAAAUGUACCUUAAGAGAUAAAAGAUUUGAUUGGAACUGGUUAGAAUAUUGAGUUUGAUGAGAAAAUGACAGUUUACUCAUUAGGAUGCAUUAUAUGCUAUAUGCAUACCUAAAAACAUCUCAUUGAUAUAGAUUUGGAAUAAAUCCAAGAUAAUUAAUUAAGGGAAUUAAUAGAGAAAUGUAAAGAUAUAAGUCCAGAUGACAGACCAACAUUAGUUGAACUAAAACAUAAAUACUUAUUAAUAUUGAUAUCAGAAUAAAUUUUAGAUUUAGGAAUUUAAGAAAAAAAAAAAUUUUUAAUUGAAGGUUUUAUUAAUGUUUUUAUCGCUCCUUAUGAAUAAAUUACUGGAAGACUUUGUGUGAUGGAAUUCUUUACAAAAAUUAACUUUGUUUCAUAAUUUUUUAGCAAAAUGAUUAAGGGGAAUCACUAUUAAUAAAAGGAGUCUUAACUUUAAUCAGAUACCCUAAUUUACUUAUUAGUAAAAGAGGAAUUAGCAAAGUUAAAGUUAGAUAACAAUCAAGAAUUAUCAUAAUGGGAUUAGGAUAAUACAAAAGAUGAAGUCGAUGAAUUUAAAAGAAAUUACCUACAAAAUUAUACGAAAAUUUUAUAAGAGAUCCUUGAUAUAAUAAGGAAGAAAAACACUCAAAUAUUAAUUCAAUAAAUAAGUCAUGAUCAGGUUCGAUCAAAUGAUAAAAUUCGAGAAAUGCCUGACUAACUAAAAGAAAUAUAUCCUGAACUUAAAUCUUCAUUUAUUUGUUUAAAGGCUUUGAAUAAAGUUUUUAUAUAUAAAAAUCUUUUAGAAUGCUUCAAGCCAAUUCAAAAUAAAUUUAUAAAAGAAAAUGCAUAUCGUAGAUAUGAUAUAAUUCUAAAUGAAUUAUGUAGUAACAAAGAGAUUAUUGUGGAUGAAAUAAAUAUAAACAACAUAUAAUAGAAAAUUUGA